AUGAAGUUUGUUUCUGCCAUCGCGCUUCUCGGCCUCGUUGCCCAGGUCACUGUUGCUGGGCGCUGCCCUGUGCCACCUGCCUCCUCUGCUUCGUCGCAGUCCUCGGCCCCCGCAUACAGCAGCACGCCCGCUUACUCUGCUUCUGCUCCCACCACUGACGCAGUCCCCACCAGUGCUCCGACUCCUGCGUACACCAGCGCUGCCGAGUCCACUGCAGCAGCCACGAGCAGUGCUGUGUCGGUCCCGCCCAGCAGCACCGGUAGCGAUUACACCACGGCAGUGCCGUCGUCGGUGCCCAGCGGCGUCUUCCAGGUGAAGGCAGCCGAUCUUGACCGUGCUGUUCCGGCUCGCGUUGGCGACGGAAACUGCUCUGCCCGGCCCACCGAGUGUGCGUCAAACGCGCGUGCACUUUCCGCUAUCAACAAGGCGCUGCAGAAGUACAACAUCACGCGUCGCAGCGAGGCCGUGGCCAUUCUUUCGCUGAUGGCCCAGGAGUCGGCUGACUGGAUGUUCAAUAUCAACCACUAUCCCGAGCCUGGACGCCCCGGCCAGGGCACGCGCAACAUGAUGUUCUACAACUUUGUCGAGGAGUACGCCAAGUCCCUGCAUCCUGAGCAGGCCAACGCCCUGCUGGGAGCGGGCGGUGAGCCGUCUGAUAGCACCAAGAACGCUGUGCGCGAGCUGGUCCUCAACGAUGACGACAGCUUCGCCUCCGGCUUCUGGUUCCUGACACACAAGGCAAGCAGCUUCUACAACAACCCGGCCAAGCUUAUUGAGGGCAGCGAGGCCAGCUUCGAGGACUACAUUGUAAACGGUAUUGGCACGUCGAUGUCUGACACCCGCAGGCAGUACUGGAAUGUGUUCAACAGCAUCAUCACGGCGUAA